UCAGACUUUUCUCUUCUGCAAGAUAGACUAGUUGUGUCACUUCGUCGUGAGUCUGAAUUUUGCAGAAAUGGAUUCGGCAGAUACCACACGUGGAAUAUCUAACGGCGAAGACACCAGAUCCCCCUUUCCUGAAAUCAUCGAAUUAAAUGUUGGGGGACAGGUUUACGUUACUCGACACACAACUUUAAUCGCUGUCCCAGACUCUCUUCUAUGGAACAUGUUUAGCCAAAAAACACCACAAGAGCUGGCUCGAGACAGCAAAGGGCGCUACUUUUUGGACAGGGACGGCUUUUUGUUCCGUUACAUUUUGGACUACCUGCGGGACCUCAACCUCGUUUUGCCCGAUUACUUUCCUGAGAAAAGCAGGCUGCAGAGAGAAGCCGAGUUUUUCCAGUUGCACGACCUCUCCAAGCGCCUUAGUCCCAAAGUGAGCAAGGAGGACUCCAUCUGUGAGGAUAUCUCGCAGAGCGACCCAGAGGAGGCUGCGAUCCUGAGCGGACGCGGGGGCUCUAGCUCGGAAACUUCGCAUCUUGUGCCGUCCGUCAGCAGCACCAACACCCGCUCUCCGUCCUUGGAGUCUCGGAAAUCGGGCUACAUAACCAUCGGUUACCGGGGCUCGUAUACCAUCGGAAGAGAUAUUCAAACCGAUGCCAAAUUUAGGAGAGUAGCCAGGAUCACAGUGUGUGGGAAGACAUCUCUUGCCAAAGAAGUGUUUGGAGAUACCCUGAACGAAAGCAGGGAUCCGGACAGACCCCCGGAGAGGUACACGUCUCGCUAUUACCUGAAGUAUAAUUUUCUGGAGCAAGCAUUUGAUAAGCUGACCGAGGUGGGUUUUCACAUGGUAGCUUGCAGCUCCACCGGCACUUGCGCUUAUGCCAGCAAUGACCCUAACGAGGACAAAAUCUGGACAAGCUACACCGAGUAUGUGUUCUGUCGAGAAUAACUUUUGAACAGGGUAAGGUCUGAAACAAGACGAAGUACAGCCGUUGACUGAAAUGAAACUUGCUUUGUUGUUCCCUGACUUCUGUAAAUAUUCGCUACUCAUAGAUAUGUCUGUGCUGAAUUACAGAAAAUACUUAAAAUACAAUUACUGUGUUUCAAUCAUUUCUUGAUAGUUUCUUGCAGUAUAUUAUCACGAGUUGAAAUAAUAUCUAAAGUAGCUAUGAAGGUUGCUUUGAAUCUUGCUACAGAUUACUGUGAUAGUCCCCCCUUGGUAUAAGCGAGCGUAUUUAGUUUCCACAGUGACGUGCGCAAUAUUGGGGUCCCGUCAGUAAUUUUAGCUACUUUAUACAUACAUACGCGCGCGCGCGCACGCACACACACCUAAUGCACAAAACACAUCAGGUUUUAGCUUUGUCAUCCUUGGUAAUUACAAAUUAUUCACCAAUUCACAAACCACAGUAGCCUUUUUUACUGCACAUAACAUUACAAGGGUGAAGCAUUUGUGUUCUUUAGAUAUUGCUUGAUAUAUCCAUGUAUAUUUUGACAAGUUGUACUUUCUGAAACAGACACGUAUGCAUACACCACGUUAUUUUUGAAUUUACUGAUAACUGUUUGUGAAUUUAUUUCUACAAUUUUUUUUACACAAUAAAUGUUGUAUUGUGGAUGCAUUGAACAGAAAACUGUGCUGUCAGUUCAGUCCACAUUGUGCCAGUUGAAAUAGAUUUGUUUCACAUUAACUCUAGAAUUUCCCGAUACAUUUAAAUAAAAGCUCUGGUAACCAAGAACAAUGUGUGGCCUGGUGUCACAGGUCUGGAUCUUGCACAAAUUCUCAACAUGUUAAGCUAAAAUGUGUACUACCUGUCUUUGGUGGAAAGACUGGGACCAGGGUCUGUGAAACUAGGUAGUCACAAUGUUUCACAUUGUAUCAUUUAACAUACACAGGAAGUGUCCAUAUGCACUCAGUAAUAUCAAAGCAGUUUGAGACUGAGUGAAAACAUUGCACAUUACGAAAUA